CUGCCGCCGCCGCUGCUGCUGCUGUUUUCCGCCCGCCGGCUCCGGGUCCCUGAUGUCUCUCUGGCUUCCCCGCGGGGGGCGAAGGUGAAAAGGCUCCUAGGAUGAGUGAAGGGGCGAGCGGUGCCUCCCCACCUGGUGCCGCUUCUGCCGCCGCUGCCACAGCGGCCGCCGCCGCUGCCGCCGCCGAGGAAGGGGCAGCAGCGGCGGCGGGCGGGGGCCCGGACGGGGAAGGGGCGGCCGAGCCCCCCCGGGAGUUACGCUGUAGCAACUGCAUUGUAUGGAACCGGCAGCAGACUUGGCUUUGCGUGGUGCCCCUGUUCAUCGGCUUCAUCGGCCUGGGGCUCAGCCUCAUGCUCCUUAAAUGGAUCGUGGUGGGUUCCGUCAAGGAGUACGUGCCCACCGACUUGGUGGACUCCAAGGGGAUCGGCCAGGACCCCUUUUUCCUUUCCAAGCCCAGCUCUUUCCCUAAGGGCAUGGAGACCACCACGACCACGACCACCACCUCCACCUCCACCUCUACCCCGUCCUCCGGCACCGCCUCCUCCAGGACGCCCAACCGGAUUAGCACUCGUCUGACCACCAUCACUCGGGCGCCCACUCGCUUUCCUGGGCACCGGGUGCCCAUCCGGGCCAGCCCCCGCUCCACAACGGUGCGGCACACCGCAGCCCCCCCGACAGUACUCUCCACCACGGUCCCCUUCUUCAGCAGCAGCACGCAGGGUUCCCGCCCACCCCUGCCAGGGGCACCCAGUACCCAGCCAAUGCCCUCUUGGCCCACUGCGGCAUACGCUACCUCCUCCUACCUCCACGACUCAACUCCCUCCUGGACCCUGUCUCCCUUUCAGGAUUCUUCCUCCUCCUCCUCCUCCUCCUCUUCCUCUUCCUCCUCCUCUACCACCAUCACACCAGAAACUAGCACCAGCCCCAAAUUUCAUACAACUACAUAUUCCACUGAAAGAUCGGAGCACUUUAAGCCGUGCAAAGACAAGGAUCUUGCAUAUUGUCUGAAUGAAGGAGAAUGCUUUGUGAUUGAAACCUUGACGGGGUCACACAAACACUGCCGGUGCAAAGAAGGCUACCAAGGAGUCCGCUGUGAUCAGUUUUUGCCGAAAACCGAUUCCAUCUUGUCGGAUCCAACAGACCAUUUGGGGAUUGAAUUCAUGGAGAGUGAAGAAGUUUACCAAAGGCAGGUGCUUUCAAUUUCCUGUAUCAUCUUCGGGAUUGUCGUUGUAGGCAUGCUCUGUGCUGCAUUCUACUUCAAAAGCAAGAAACAAACUAAACAAAUCCAGGGGCAGUUGAAAGAAAUGCAAAGUGGUAAAAAGUACAGCCUCAAUGCCUCCAGCAUGAUGGUCAAGUCAGACAACAUGGCACAGAGCAGAGGACAACAGCAAAAUUAUUCAAAGACGGAAAGGCACCCAGGGCGAACCUUGGAGAAAAUGAUGGAAUCCAGUUUUACUGGCAAUCAACCUUUUCCAGAAGUUCAUUCUCCUGACAGAGGAAGCCAGUCCUUCAAACACCACAGGAGUCUUUCUUCAUGUUGUAGCCCAGGGCAACGGACUGGGAUGCUACAUAGGAAUGCUUUUCGAAGGACACCACCUUCUCCUCGAAAUCGACUCAACGGGAUUGCAGGACCAGCAUAUCAACAACUGGAAGAGGCAAGAAUUACAGAUCAAGACACAAUUCCUUGCCAAGGGUAUCCAUCCAGUGGAUUAAAAACACAACAAAACACAACAAUAAAUAUGCAACUGCCUUCAAGAGAGACAAAACCCUAUUUUAAUAGCUUGGAUCAAAAGGACCUAGUGGGAUACUCAUCCACAAGGGCCAGUUCUGUUCCCAUCAUCCCUUCAGUAGGCUUAGAGGAAGCCUGCAUGCAAAUGCCAGGUAUUUCUGACAUCACAAGCCUCAAAUGGUGCAAAAACUCCUGUUCUGCUGAACUUGUCAAUGUGAGUGGUCCAGUCAGCAAUUGUCUUAUAGUAGAACAACAAGAAGUAAAAAUAUUGCUAGAAACUGUCCAGGAGCAGAUCCGGAUUCUGACUGAUGCAAGAAGGUCAGAGGACUAUGAACUGGCCAGUGUUGAAACUGAGGACAGUGCAAGUGAAAACACAGCCUUUCUGCCCAUGAGCCCAGUGGCCAAAUCAGAAAGAGAGGCACAAUUUGUCUUAAGAAAUGAAACACAAAGAGACUCAGCAUUGACCAAGUGACUUGGGAAAUAAGGAUCUGUGCAUUCAAUGCUUUGCUAAACAGGAAAGAGAGGAAAUUAAAUACAAAUUAUUUAUAUGCAUUAAUUUAAAAGCAUCUACUUAGAAGAAACCAAAUAGUCUAUCGCCCUCAUAUCAUAUAGUGUUUUUUAAGAAAAUAUUUUUUUAAAGGGAAAGAAACAUUUCAGGAGGGAUAAAGCUUACAUCAAAAGCUUUUUGGUAGGUUUCUGAAUACACUUUCAGUUAGUUUUAGCACUGUUCUCUUUGGCUCUUAGAAGGCUUGGGCUAUGCAUAAAAACCACUCUAAAAGUUCAGUGAUGGCCUUAGAUCCAUUUAGGGUUCCAAGGUUUAAAGGGAGAAUACUAUUCACUGAUUACAGACUCUUUACUGAACAGGUAAGUCCCUGAAGCUUUACUGGAAUAUGCUCAAAUAUUUAAUUUCUUGUCCACCCAAUAGGCUCGCUGCAGGUCCCACUGUGGCAACAAAUUUUAAUAUUUCCUAUUUGAUUUUGAAAUAAUGGCACAAAAAUACUAAAUUUUGAAAUGGUCAGAAGCACAGGAGAUGCAGGCACCCUCCAAAACCCUCCAGUGUACUAUGAGAGUGUACAUAUUUCAUAAGGUUUUAAAAGAGCUAAAUUUGACACUGGCAAAAAUAGU